AUGAAUGUUUCACCACUCUAUCAGGGCUAUAUAAGUAAAUUCAUAGGCUUAGCUAAUGAUUUGGGCAUAGAACGACCGAGGGCGAAGGAGGCUCAGGCCAAGCAGACACCCGGUUCGAUUGAAACGGGUGAACGUAUCAUUGAUCUCCCCGCCGUCACUGAAUCCGUAGACAGGAGAUCUCGCUGGCCGUCGGAGAAUCGAGAAUGGGAUUGGGGUUCACCGCCGGGGUUCUUGGAGUGGUCAUCCUCUUUCACGCAGCUUACUCUACCAUCCAAUAGGUCCCUGCUCAAGAUCACUGAGGAGGAGUUCUCUGGGCCACCGAUGAACGUGGUCGUGGAGUUAAUAUUAGGGUUGACUUUUUGUAUGUGGGCAGCCCUUAGUGUUCCAGGAAAAUUUCACUCCAUACUCCCCUAUUCUGAUGAGAACAGAUACAGUGAUUGCAAUCAGCAGUUCCCACCUAAGCCAACGGCUACUAGAAAACAUCCAAAAUUCAACAAAGGUAACCAAGGUCGUGUUGGCCUGACCUCCGUCUAUUGUGUAGUGGAAUCUCAAGUAUUGGUGCAU